AACCCUAAGUCCUCACGCUUCUCCACUAUAAAGAGUGAGAGGAUGGGAGGGAGGGGUUCAUUCUAUCCUCAAAACCCUAGCUGUUCUGCUCGGCAUUGUGUUCCUUCGUUUACGAGUUGCCGUUUUUUCGAAGCAAAUCCACAAGAGAUCGAAGUUAAUAUCAAUCUAGACAUCUAAAAUGGGUAAGGAAAAGGUUCACAUCAACAUUGUGGUCAUUGGCCACGUCGACUCUGGUAAGUCGACCACCACCGGUCACCUUAUCUACAAGCUUGGAGGUAUUGACAAGCGUGUGAUCGAGAGGUUUGAGAAGGAAGCUGCUGAGAUGAACAAAAGGUCAUUCAAGUACGCCUGGGUGCUUGACAAGUUGAAGGCUGAGCGUGAACGUGGUAUCACCAUCGACAUUGCCCUGUGGAAAUUCGAGACCACCAAGUAUUACUGCACUGUGAUUGAUGCUCCUGGACAUCGUGACUUUAUCAAGAACAUGAUCACUGGUACUUCACAGGCUGACUGUGCCGUCCUUAUCAUUGAUUCCACCACUGGUGGUUUUGAAGCUGGUAUCUCCAAGGAUGGGCAGACCCGUGAGCAUGCCCUGCUUGCUUUCACCCUUGGUGUUAAGCAGAUGAUCUGUUGCUGUAACAAGAUGGAUGCUACCACCCCCAAGUACUCCAAGGCAAGGUACGAUGAAAUCGUGAAGGAAGUCUCGUCUUACUUGAAGAAGGUUGGGUACAACCCUGACAAAAUCCCAUUCGUUCCCAUCUCUGGGUUCGAGGGUGACAACAUGAUUGAGAGGUCAACUAACCUCGACUGGUACAAGGGUCCAACUCUCCUCGAUGCUCUUGACAUGAUCUCUGAGCCAAAGAGGCCCUCAGACAAGCCCCUUCGUCUCCCACUUCAGGAUGUUUACAAGAUUGGUGGUAUUGGUACCGUACCCGUUGGGCGAGUUGAGACUGGUGUCCUCAAGCCUGGUAUGGUUGUCACCUUCGGUCCCACUGGACUGACCACUGAAGUCAAGUCUGUUGAGAUGCACCACGAAGCUCUUCAGGAGGCUCUCCCCGGUGACAACGUUGGGUUCAACGUUAAGAACGUCGCAGUCAAGGAUCUCAAGCGUGGUUUCGUUGCUUCUGACUCCAAGAAUGACCCCGCCAAGGAAGCUGCCAACUUCACCUCCCAGGUCAUCAUCAUGAACCACCCAGGCCAGAUCGGAAAUGGAUAUGCCCCAGUGCUUGAUUGCCACACCUCCCACAUUGCUGUCAAGUUUGCUGAGAUCAUGACCAAGAUUGACAGACGAUCUGGUAAGGAGCUUGAGAAGGAGCCCAAGUUUUUGAAGAACGGAGAUGCUGGUUUCGUGAAGAUGAUUGCAACCAAGCCCAUGGUUGUGGAAACCUUCUCUGAGUACCCACCGCUUGGUCGUUUUGCUGUGAGGGACAUGCGUCAAACCGUUGCUGUUGGUGUCAUCAAGAGCGUGGAGAAGAAGGAUCCCAGUGGGGCCAAGGUGACCAAGUCUGCAGCCAAGAAGGGUAAGUGAACCGUGCGGUCUGGGCUUAGGCUACCACCACCAUUUGUGGCCGAAGCUGAAAAUCAUAUUUAUAGUUUUAAAAGCCUGGUUUUAUUUAGAAGUGUCGUCUUCUGUUGUUUGUUCAGUCAGUCUUCUGGUUACAAUCUGCUGCCAACUCCUUCGAGUACCCUCUCUCAGAAUUGGGUGCUUGACAGGCGGUGGCAGGAGAUUUUUUCCUUUUUGCUGUGUUAAGGGUUUUUAAUUUCCGUCUUCAGUUCUUUUUUUUCUUGGCGAAUUAUGUGAACCUGUUAUUUGGUCAGGGGUGGAGUUUUGUUAUGUUUUGUGCUCCUUUCCUCUAUAAGACUUGAUUUAUAAUAUAGUUUCUUUUCUUA